CCGUUUCUCUAUAUUAUGUUUGCUCCAACAGAAUGCCAAAGGGUAUCAACCUACGAUAAUCUGGACGGUUUCUGCUACGUGAGAGGAGUGGACUCUUGCGACGGCUCAGAAUUCAGAAGGGGUUGCUCCGGUAGAGACUGCGCCCUCUGUGUUACAAAUACCUCCAUCUGCCUGGAGAAGCCGGUCUGCUCCGACGCUAACGGGAUCUGCGUCAAGAACGUGACAGAAUGUGACAGGCUCGUCAAUGAACUGCAUUGCCACGGCGAUGGAUGCGCUUGCUGCAAGGAUGGAUGCCAGCGCCAGCCGGAAUGCGCGGAUGUGGGAGGUUACUGCCUGGCAACGGAACAGCGGUACAGGUGUCCCGGAACUAAUUUCAACCUCGGAUGUCUUGGUACAGACUGCUUCUGCUGCGUUCCAGAUACCAGUGAAUGCAUUGCAAAACGGGGUUGCUUAAAUGGUAAUGGAUACUGCCUGAAAAAGGCAAACUGGACCAGCUGUGACAAGGAGAUAGAUGCAUUAUUCUGCCUUGGAGACGACUGUGCUUGCUGUAGAGAAAAAAAGUGCGAACGCAACGCCACGUGUAGUGAUCAGGGAGGUUACUGCUUUAGAAACAAGACGAAGCCCGAGAACCAACAUGUCUGCGAGGGUCGGCAAGUUCCUGGUGGUUGCGGAGACUCCGACUGCAUCUGCUGCGUACCUGAUCCAGUGAAAUAAGGCAAAGCGUGACCAUGCUACUCCAUUGCACAUUUUGAUGGAGAACUUCCAGUAAACCAAGAAGCUGUAAGGUGAACGUUCAGUUCCUCUCUCCUCGUAACUGACAUUUCAUUCGAAUUUCUGUCGCACUUCACCUCAAGACGUCACAGUCAUGGUUUACAGAAGCAUUCCAAGAUUUGAUGCUAAACUUGGCCAAGAUCUAACUGAAGAUUCACCGAUGCUCUUGCAUGAAGUCAUUGUAACUGGUCCCAAAUACAUUUCCUCUUCUGUUGUCA